AAUAUCCACUACUCAGUAAAAGUUGUAGCCGCUACAAACUGGUAACUUUCAGCGACCUAUCAAUGUUUGUUACCCAGCAGCCUGCCUGAUGUUUAGUCAGUCCGCAAGAAAGUUUGGUAGCCAGAGGUAGAGGCACAAUGACGAGAGUGCUUGCCUGGAUAUGGCUGGUGUGUGCAGCGGCUUUGAGCGUGGCGGGAACAGAGAGGAAGCCCAACGUGUUGAUGUUUCUGGCAGAUGAUUUAGGGAUAGGUGACAUUGGCUGCUACGGCAACACUACCAUCAGGACACCUAACAUUGACAGAUUGGCCUCAGAAGGGGUGCGUCUCACGCACCACCUGGCAGCUUCAGCCAUGUGCACCCCUAGUCGCGCCGCUCUGCUCACAGGCCGCUACCCAGUUCGAUACGGUCUGGAGGAGGGGCCAGAAGGCUAUCUUCUACCAGUAAUAUUACACAUAACCAGCCAGAGCGGACUUCCUGCGGACGAGACUACCAUCGCUUCGGCGCUCACCGCUGCCAAUUACACUACUGGUCUCGUGGGAAAGUGGCACCUGGGAAUGAACUGCACACUCUUUGGCCGCUCGUGCCCAGGUCCGCUCAAUUAUGGUUUCCAGUCCUUUUACGGCAUACCUGUCACCCUUUUCCAGGAGUUCAGGGGUUCUCACGUCUUCUGGAAGUUCCCAUUGCAUGACCGAAGGUUCCAGGGUCUGGCCAUGGCAUGGAUGACUGCAGUGGUCAGCCUCUUCCUUGCAAGUCGCAGGAAGGUCCUGGGCUACUGCACUGGUGUCCUCCUACUGCUGGCGACACACUUGAUUCUCGGGGUCUUUUGGUUCAUUUUCGCCCAUAGCAGCAUGAAUUCUGACUGUAGAUGGGGUGUGUCGGCGUGGCUUUUCCGUUACGCCAAUUCACGCCUCUUCCGGGGUGACCAGGUGGUAGAAGCACCAAUACAGCUGGACGGACUCUCCCAACGGCUAGUUGAAGAAUCUCGUCGCUUUCUGGAGGCUCACGCUUAUGACAAGACACCUUUCUUUCUGAUGCACUCCUUCGGUCAUGUCCACACGCCCAUGUUCUCCGCACCUCAUAUGGCAGGCAGAAGCAAGCAUGGCAGGUAUGGAGACAAUGUGGAGGAAAUGGACGAGAGUGUGGGAAAGGUCUUGGCCACUCUGGCUGAGUUAGGUCUGGAAGACAACACCAUAGUUUAUUUCACAUCAGACCAGGGAGGCCACCUUGAGGCCGUGGAGGACAACGGAGAGCGAAUUGGAGGACACAACGGGCGCUUCAAAGGUGGCAAGCGGCAGGGUGGGUCGGAGGGUGGCAUCCGAGUGCCGGGAAUAUUCAGGUGGCCAGGCCAUAUCCCCAGUGGGGUGACUCUUGACACGCCCACGUCCCUUAUGGAUCUGCUGCCCACCCUACUCUCCCUGGCUGGCCUUCCUCAACUCCACACUCUUGUGCCUCGAGCCAUGGGCAAGGAACUGGAUGGUGAAGACAUUUCUGAAGUGUUACUGAAGGGAGCCAAGGGGGCCAGGACACCGAGGCUGUUCCUUCACCACUGUGGAAUGUCCUUACAUGCUGUAAGGAUGGACACAGGUGACCAUGUUUACAAGAUGCAUCUGGCCAAACCUAAGUGGUGGAAGGGCAGCACCCAAUGUGGCUGGCAUCACACAACAGCAUGUGACUGCCAUGGUGCAAACGUCACAGACUUGUCCUCUCAACCUGAAUUGUAUGAUCUGCUCUCUGAUCCUUACGAGGACUACCCGCCAAUCAGCCCAGACUCAUCAGAGUACAAGUCAGUGGUGCAUGAUUUGAAGGACUACGUAAAACAGUGGAGAAAGGGAGUGACUCUGCCACCCUCGCAACUCUCCACCAUGGCCAAUGGUCUCUGGAAACCCUUCUACCAGCCGCAUUGCCUCACAUGCUGAAAACAGAGACCACCAGAGCCAUGUACACCUGGCACCCACAUUAUAGCAUGUAACAAUAGAAUACUAUCCUCUACUUAUGUAUGUGGAUCAUUUCCACCAAAAUCUGUUCAUGAUUGCAGUGCUGGAAAUGUAAGAUAUUUUCCCAUAAGUAGGUCUCCAGAUUCUGGAAUUCAAGACAGUGUUGUCUACAGUUUUUCAGCAAUGUUCUUUUUUUUUCUAGUUAAUCAGUUGCAAAGAAAACAUUGCUAUAUGAUGUUGUAACAAUAUUGCAAUCUAAAGAUGAAAAUUACCUAAAAUGUUUUGAUUGGAUGUCUUGUCCACAAAUAUAAUAUAGUGCUUGACUUCUGUUAUUUCUAAUGGACUACAGCAAAUUCUUACAUUCAAAGAACAAUCAUAUUUAUUUCUGUUAAAAUAAAUUAAUAAAAAAAAAUAAA